AUGCCGGAAGAGAAGAAUGCAGACUUGCUUCGCCCUUAUACAAAAGAAGAAAUUUUCUCGGCUCUCCAACAGAUGCACCCAUGUAAGGCACCAGGACCGGAUGCUUUGAUCCCGAAAGUGAAAUCACCUAUUGUGAUGUCAGAAUUUAGACCCAUAAGCCUUUGUAAUGUUUUAUAUAAAUUGGUGCCAAAAACCAUUGUACUUAGGCUUAAGCAUAUCCUUCCUGAUAUAGUGACGGAAAAUCAGAGUGCAUUUGUGUCAGGGAGACUUAUCACAGAUAAUGCUUUGAUUACACUUGAGUUGUUUCACACCAUGAAAAAGAGAAGUCGGAGUCGGAAAGGCUCAAUUGCUUUGAAACGUGAUAUGAGCAAGGUUUAUGAUCAGGUUGAAUGGGGUUUUCUAAGGAAGCUUCUUCUUACGAUGGGUUUUGAUGGCAGAUGGAUGAAUUUGGUGAUGAAUUGUGUUACGACGGUUUCCUACUCUUUCAUCAUUAAUGGAAGAGUGUAUGGGUCGGUGUUUCCUUCCAGGGGGAUCCGGCAAGGAGACCCUUUGUCUCCAAUUUGGAAGAAAUUACAAGGUUGGAAGGAGAAAUUAUUGUCUAGAGCCGGGAAAGAAAUUUUACUCAUAGCUGUAAAUCAAGCAAUCCCGACGUACUUGAUGGGAGUGUAUAAAUUACCAGCCUCUGUGACAAGUAGCAUUCGAUCAACCAUGGAAAAAUUUUUUUGGGGUCAAAAAGAUAUAAAGCGAAAAAUUCACUGGAAGUCGUGGGAGGUUAUGAGUACUCCGAAAUGCUUGGAUGGAAUGGGUUUUAAGGACAUUGAAAUCUUUAAUGAUGCUCUUUUAAGGAAUCAAGCAUGGAGAUUAACGCAUAUGGAGGACUCUUUGCUUAGUAGAGUAAUGAAAGCGAAAUACUACUCUAAUUGCUCUUUUCUUGAUUCGCAUCUGGGUUAUGGGGGGAGCUACUCUUGGAGGAGUAUAUGGAGCUCUAAAGCGCUAGUUAAGGAGGGUAUGAUUUGGAGGAUAGGAAAUGGCACGUUAGUGAACAUAUGGAAUGAUCCGUGGGUAGCUGAUGCGGAAGGUCGAUUCAUCACAUCAGAGGUGUCGGAAAACAUAUCUAAGGUUAGUGAUCUCGUUGAUUUUGAGAACAUGGAGGAAUGGAAUGUAAAUUUAAUUGGUUCUCUGUUCAAUAAGAGGGACCAAAAUUGUAUUUUAUCCAUCCCUUUGAGCUCAUGUGCUCCUGGCGAUGUUAUCACUUGGGCAUUCUCGAAGGAUGGUUUAUAUUCGGCUAAAACCUCAUAUAUGCUUGGGAAGGGGUGCAAUUUUGACACCUUCCAUCUUGCGCUCGCCACUGGCGAGGAAGAUGCGGUGUGUCCACGGUGUGGUGAGGAAGAUGAAUCGAGUUCACAUGUGUUGUUUGAAUGUGAGCGUGCGAAAGACCUGUGGGAUGCUAGUGGUUUAGUGGAUUUGCUGGAAGACAGAACUGGCUCGAUCUUGUUCAAUGGGAGGAAAACACCAACAGAUGUUCUUAUGGCUAGACUUGACAGGAUGAUCGAGGAAGUGGGGAAGUACAACGCUAUGGUCUAUAAUUUUCUGACUCCGCAAGCCCCCAAAAGCAAGGCUAGAUGGACUGCUCCCCUGACUGGCUUGACCAAGUUAAACGAACGCUGA